AUGCUCGCCUCCUUUGCCGCCGCCACGGCGUUCGCAGCAUCGCCACCCGUCUGCGAGCCCGGCGUCAACAUGCCUGGCGGCGACCUGCACCGCAUGCCACUCGCCUCAGCCUCCGCCGCGGCAUGCAGCGCGCUGUGCUCCGCCGAUCCGGCCUGCGUGCUCUUCUCUUGGCACGCGCCGGCGUGCAGCUACUACCGGGAGACAUGCGCUCUUGCCGGCGGAUGCUGCUGGCUCAAGAGCGUCGAGGCAGCGGGGCGCUCGCCGCAGGUGAACAACUGCAGCUGCUCCUCCUACCUGCGGCUGCCCAGCGUGUCGAAGCGCAACGGCGACACUACGCCCGGGCCCGGCGCGAAGAACGUGCUCUAUCUCCUUGUCGAUGACCUUAGGCCUGAAAUCGCCGCCUACAGGCAGCCCCGCGGCCAUUCCCCGCACAUUUCAGCGCUUGCCAGCAGCGGAACCACGUUUGACAAUGCAUACUGCCAGAUUUCGGUGUGCUCGCCGUCGCGCAUGUCCUUCCUCACCGGCCGGCGGCCGGACCACUCACGCGUGCUCAACUUUAUCGACCAUUUCCGCCAGGCCGACUGCGGACUCACCGAGGGCGGCGUGGCGUACCUUGGCCCGACGCUGCGGAACGUCACGGUCGGUGGGUGCGAGUGGGGUGGCGCCGCCCCGUGCGGCGGGAGCGGUGACUGCUGCUCGAUCUGCUCCGAAGACGAACGCUGCGGCGCAUGGACCUACACGCACACCAACUCGUCGUGCAUGCUAAAGGCGAGGUCCGGCGCGCGGGCCGCAGACAGCGGGGCGGUUUCUGGCGCGCGUGGCACGUUGAGCACGCGGGCGGCGUGGGUCUCGCUGCCGCAGCACUUCAAGAGGGCGGGGUGGAUUGCGCUUUCCUCGGGCAAGAUUUUCCACACCGAGGAGGGAGGCUCGGGCAACACCAACCCGAACCUCAACGGCCCAGGCAUGCCUCCCAACCAAGACCCGCCCAGCUGGACGCCGGGUCUCUCGAUGCAGCGUGUCAAUGACGUGGCAAACAUGUGGGACUGCAAGAUUGGCCUGCCUCCAUCCGACCCCGACGCAUGCGCGGUCGACGCCGACAUGAGCGGCGCCAUCGCUUCGCCGCUGACGACGAAGCAGUUCUGUGACCGCGUCAUUGCCGAUGACGCGGUGCUCAAGCUGCGACUGGCAGCGAUGCACACGCCCUUCUUCCUGGCAGUCGGCUUCCGCAAACCGCACCUGCCCUUCCGCUUCCCCGCGCCCUUUCUGGCGCUCGUCGAGGGUGACGUGGCGGCGCACCCCACGCUGAGCCCGACAGUGCCGCCGAUUGCGCACCACGACGCUUCACGCGCUCGCGGCCUGUGCUCGCGCUCCAGGCUCGUCGCGCUGCACUCGGACCACGGCUGGUCGCUGGGCGAGCACGGCGAGUGGCAAAAGUUCAGCAAUUUCGAGCAUGGCACGCGCGUGCCGCUCAUCAUGCGCGCGCCGUGGGUGCGGGAGAGCGUGGGGACGAGGAGCUCCGUGCUCGCCGAGCUGAUCGACAUCUUUCCCACCAUGGCCGAGCUCGCGGGCGCUCCGCUCGACCCACAAACGGCGGCCAGUCUCGACGGCACCUCGCUCGCGCCCGUGCUGCGCGCGCCAGCUGAUGCGGCGCUCGCGAGGGCGCUCAAACACCGUGCGCUCUCGCAAUACAUGCGCUGCCCGCGCGACGCGGCGCAGCCCCAGAAGGCGAACGACUGCCUCUUCACCGACCGCUCGCAGAUCGCAUUCAUGGGGUACACGGUUCGAACGCACACCCACCGCUUCACCCAGUGGGCGGCGUGGAACGGCUCCAGCUUGCGGUCCGUCUGGCAGCAGCCGCGCUGGCCCGACAUUGGCGAGGAGCUGUACUCGCACGUCGGCGACGACGGCUCUGAUUUUGACCGCUACGAGAACAAGAACUGUAAUGCCAGCGAGCCCAACGUGGCCGCGGCGCUGCGCGUGCUCCUGCACGAGGCAGUCGCGAACGGGAGCGCAAAGGCACGGGUGGACCUUGUCCUUGUACCUUGA